UCAGAGAAGAAGGAGGACUCUUCGCCUGCUUUCAGAACGUCUCUCGUCUAGCUUCGGCUCUGCGCUCCUUCCUCCCAGCCACCAGGUGCCCCCAGGCCCACGGCUCCUCCAUCGUCAGAACCUCAUCCUUUUCCCCUCUUCCCGUUGCUUCCUGCUCCCGGGAUCCGGGCCCUGAGCUCCGAGACCCAGAAGCCCGAGGUUUCUAGGAUGGCAUUAGCUCUAUAUCUGCAGGUGCUGUGCAGCCUAGGGGGCUGGCUCUCCCUCUACAUUUCUUUCUGCCGCAUGAAUAAGCACCGAAGCUAUGAGUGGAGCUGCCGGCUGGUUACAUUCACCCAUGGAGUCCUCUCUAUAGGCCUCUCAGCUUAUAUUGGCUUCAUUGAUGGCCCUUGGCCUUUUACCUACCCAGGUUCACCCAAUACACCUCUCCAAGUGCACGUUCUGUGUCUCACCUUGGGCUACUUCAUCUUCGACUUGGGCUGGUGCAUCUACUUCCAGUCUGAGGGUGCCCUGAUGCUGGCUCACCACACACUGAGUAUCUUGGGCAUCAUCAUGGCCCUUGUGCUUGGAGAGUCAGGCACAGAGGUCAAUGCAGUCCUCUUUGGAAGUGAGAUUACCAACCCCUUGCUACAGAUGCGCUGGUUUCUUCGUGAAACAGGGCACUACCACAGUUUCACUGGAGAUGUGGUGGACUUCCUCUUUGUGGCUCUCUUCACUGGAGUGAGGAUUAGCUUAGGAGCUCACCUCCUUUUCUGUGAAAUGAUCUCACCCGAGCCCAAGUGGUUUAUGAAGGCUGGGGGGGUAGCCAUGUAUGCUGUGUCUUGGUGUUUUAUGUUUAGCAUUUGGCGCUUUGCAUGGAGGAAAACCAUCAAGAAGUACCAUGGCUGGAGAAGCAGGCAGAAUGAGGAGCAGCAACUAAAACAUAAUGGACAUCUCAAGACUCACUAGCCAAGGUUUACUCCCACUAAUGGAUUGGGUUAAGUCAGCCAUGGGAGCCAGGUUGGAAAUAUGGCUGUUAUGGAAUCAUGCAUAUAUAACAAAUUUAGAUUUCAAAAAAGGGCUGAAUUUAUCAAUCAGUUUUCAAGUGGAGCACAUAUCAGUAUUAAACACUAAUUUCUACAGUAGUACAGUUAUAGAAAGUGAGACUAAUCAGCGGUAGUUGUGAAUAAGUCAGAAAUGCAUUCCUUUUAGUUUGUGGUGACCCUAGGUCCUCUUGUCCCUGGGAAGCUUGAUACUCAGACAGCUUAGAAAGGAACUCAAAAGAGAUUAGUGCUAUUUCUUCCUUAUUCCUUUGAGUAGUGACUCCUUCAACAAACACUAUCCUGCUUUCCAUGUAGCAAUUUAAAUAAAUUCACCCCAUUACUAUAAAAUGAGGAAUUUUUAGGAAGAUCACUUUGAUAUUUUGAGCAUUGAAUCAGGGAACUGGAUCUGCUUAAACAAAGAGAAGUAGAAAGAGGGGAGAUGGAUGGAGGUGAAACUAGCAGUGGUAUUAGGUUACUUAUUGACCCUCCCUGUACCAACUGUGUUGGGGUCCCCAAGACCACAGUUAGGUUUGGUACUUUGCUGAGAGGACUCCCAGGACUCAGCAUGUAGUUGUACUCAGCGCUUUAUCACAGCAGAAAAGAUACAAAAAAAGAUCAGCAAAAGGAAAAGGUGUGUGGGGCAGAGUCUAGGGGAAACCCAGGUCCAAGUUUUCAGAGUCCUAUCCCAACGAGAUUACACAGGAUGUGCUUAAUUCCUCUAGCAAUGAUCUGUGACAAUAUGUGUGAAAUGUCUGCCAAGGAAGCUCAUUAGUCAGUGCUCAAGGUUUUUACAGGGGGCUGGUCAUGUAGGCAGUCUUUGCCUAGCAUGUAGCAAAAUUCCUGAUUCCCAGAAGGAAAGUAGGUGUUCAGCAUCAACCACAUUGUUUGCACAGUUUAAGCACAGUGAGCCAAUCUUACUGGUUACUGGUUGGAGCCCUCCAAAAAUCUGUGUUCCCAGAUGCCAGCCAAUGACCAGUCUUUCCAUGGACAGCUGUUUCAGGCCUGCUAUAUUAACUCUUUUCUGCAUGAAAACCAUAGAGCUGGGACUUGGAUGAGAGAUGAAUGGCGAGGGGUGGGGGAGGCAGGUGGUGCAGAGUUACUGAGUCCUGUUGUAUGGGUUCUGCUAUACCAGGAAAACUAUCCCAGUUCUCAGGGCUUUUGUGCAUUAAUCUCUUAGGCAUGAGAGGCUCUGACUAAAUUCCAUAGGGAUUUAUCAUGUGGAUUCCACUAUGCCAUGCAGUUCAGAUUUCAAGUCUGCAAUACAUACUGCAAACUAGAACCAAAGACUAAAGUGUAUACUGGCUUCAGAGUAAUGAGGCUUUUUUUUCUUUCUCUGUUUCAGAUAUAUUCCCUUUUAGUUGUUAUUUUUUCUUUUCUCUUGAAAAAGUGCCACUAUCUAUGGACAAAAUAUUAUGGCAAGGCCAGUCUUGGAAGGAAAAAUAAUUUCUUAUUGUGAUACUCUAAUCUCAGCUAGGAAAAGCAAGAAUGUAAGCUUAGAACAAGAGGUUUAGAAUCAAGAUUCUUGGGUUAUUUUAAAGAAUCUUGUUACUCUCUUGCCAGAUCAUUUGGGCAGGUCACUUGUUUACUUUUUACCUCAGAUUAAAUGCUAUUGUGAAUGAAUGAAAUACCUUGUGUAUUUCAUAGAGUCAUUAUUUUCUUAAUGCAGGUCUUUAAUGUAGGGUUUUUAUGAAAAAAUAAAGUAUUUAUAUUUGUUUAGUCUUUAAUGUAGGGCUUUUAUGAAAAAAUGAAGUAUUUAUAUUUGUUGUUUAUUUACUUGAUUGUUAUUUAGAUCAGUGGUAAUUGGUAAGCAAGUGUAUGGGGCUAUUAAAGACAAGGCUGAAGGUCCUUAGAAAGUGUCAGCUCAUUCUAUGGUCACUGGUAAUACUAACCUUAAGAAAGGUCUUGCAAAUGGAUGUCAUUGACCAGGCAUGGCAAAGUGGCUGGGACCACAUGAAGUCAUCAUUGCUCCAGGAAAAGCAAUUUUAAAGGCAUAUUAACAGUGGGUCUUUUAAAAUGGCUGCCAUUUGGUUAAGGAGUUUUUGCCGGACAUAAAGAUAAUCUGAAAGUAAUAUCUUCAUUUCUUUUUUUUCUAUGAUAAGUAUCCCUAAAAUGCUGGCUAGUUUCUUUCCAACAAAAUUGUGGUCAAAGUAGGAUGCUGGGAAAUGUUGAUUUUAGCAAAAGCCUAGUAAAAACGAGGGGCUUGUCACAUGAGCUUAAAAACAAAAAAAAAAAGGAAAAAAUUGGCUCUCGGAUUUUGGCACAGUGCAACCUAUUCCAUAUCAGACAAAUGAAUAGGCUUAAUUUGGUACCAAUUCUUUUCCCCUUUCUCUUCAGAAGCGAAGGAAUUGCAGAUCUUGCUGUUUUGGGGUACUCUCAUGGGAAUGUAUUUAGGUCUUUUGAAUUUUGAGAAACCUGAAGAAUUAAAGGAAAGGGAAUCCCUCAUUUCAGCUUUUCCUGAUGUUGUAGCUAAUAACUAUGAAGGAAUCUGACAGAAAAAUAUGAAAUGAAGAUGACUUAGCAAUUAAUAUGCUGAGUUUUUACAUCACAGGUAUAUGAAGGGCUAACGUGAUGGUCAGACAAAAUAAAGUACUCAUUUGCAUUUGGAUUACUAUGUAAUAAUUAACACUGCUCAAGAGAGUUUAUAUUUCAAUAAGAUUUGUACUAAAUUUUAUAAAAAUAAACAACUUUUUAUCAACCCAGA